AUGUCUCUCGCACAGCAUCUCGCACCCGAAGAUGGAUUCGACGCCCCAGACUGCCAGCAAUCCGACGAGGCUCUCGUAAAUCCACGAUGUUGGCGACGAAUGAGCUUUGACGCAUUUGCGCCGGCGGAGCCACCAGUAGAAGCGAAACCGCCUCGAUCUGCGGCUUAUAAAACGUCAACGUUGCGAAGAGUCGCACAAGUCGGUCUGGGAGUGACGUUUUGUUUCCUUGCAUCCGGAAUAGUGUUUGGCUUCGCAGCCCUCAAACCCGUACUUAUCGCCCGGGGGGUAUACCACGAGCUCUGCACCAAAUCAAACAAAUCCAGUCCCCAGAGACACCAUACAUGUCCCGAGCAAGACCUGCGAAUCAAUCUUCUCUUCAUAACAGCUUCCAUAACGACCAACGUGUCGAGCCUCUUUGCUGGCUACGUCCUAGACACCUACGGUCGGCGAAUAUGCACCACCUUUGCCGCAACGUUUCUCGCCCUCGGCGCCCUGUUCUUUAUAUCCCACCGCUACAUUCGCUUUAUCGACCCCUUCAUCUUCUCAAAUUUUUUCCUAAGUCUCGGCGGAACGUUCCUCUUCCUCCCCACUUUCCAGUUGUCCAACGCGUUUCCAAAGCAUUCCGGUGUAAUUGUUGCGCUGGUCACAUGUUCUUUUGACGCCUCAUCUGCAGUAUUCCUCGUCUACCAAGCCAUCUGGAAGGCCACAAACGCGACAUUCACACCAGAAAAGUUCUUCACUGUGUAUCUCUCAGUACCCGCGGCCAUCCUGCUCGCUGAAUGGACCAUCAUGCCCAAACAGCGAUAUCACACCAUGCCAGAACUGGAAAAGAAACUGGAGCACGCAAACGACUGCACUCGAGAUGUACACGUUUCCGAUGACGAGGUGCCUGAUGGUUUGACUCUUUCCAGAAUACGAAGCCAGCGCGCUGAUAAACGCAGAGCCAAGAUUGGGCAGAUUGAGAAAGUGACGGGUGAUGCAGAAGAGCGCCAUGACCGAAUCGAGCGAAGAACGUCGCUGCAGAUCCAUGAUGAGGCAUGGGGUAUACUGCACGGUUUAUCUGUCAAAGAUCAAAUGCGGACUCCUUGGUUCAUUCUUUUGCUUCUCAUCACGGCUUUUCAGAUGUUGCGGAUGAACUACUUUAUUGCCACGGUGACAAGCCAAUACACGUACAUGUUGGGUCCGCAAGACGCGGACCGGAUAACAGCCCUUUUCAACGCGGCCCUGCCGAUUGGUGGCAUUGCUGCCACUCCUGCAAUUGCAGUGAUUCUGAAUACGCUGAGCGUUGCAGGCCUUCUGGUCCUGUUGACUGUCUAUGUUGCCAGCAUAGGGGUACUGAAUUGCAUUUCAGAACCGUGGGCUGCAAUCGCGACAGUCUUGCUUUUCGUGACAUUUCGACCGUUUUACUAUUCUGUUAUAUCACACAUUGCCGCCAACGUCUUUGGAUACGCUACCUUUGGCCGCAUCUACGGCACAAUCAUAUGUCUCUCUGGGGUUAUCAACUUCACCCAGCCCUUGAUUGACACCUUUACAAAUAACAUGUUCAAUGGAGAUCCUGUUCCUAUGAAUAUUGCCAUGGCAGCUGCAGGGACGGCGUUGGCAGUUGUAUUUACCGCGUUUGUUAUCCACCAAACUCGAGAUAUACAAAGACCAGCUAACCCGGAAUUCUCGAUCAACUUCACACGAAAUCGAGUCGCACGAACCGAAUCAGUAGCGAAUCAACUCCGCAAUGCAGACAACGCGCUGAACAAUAGUGCGACUAUCUAUCCCAGACAAGUCCAUAUCCCCGCCAGCGACUUUAACGCGAACAAUGCGUUUACAUCAGUCUUUGCUGCGAGUGCCAUCAUAGGGCCUAUUCUAUUGGCCAAGACAGUAGUGAGCUGCGAAACAUGGGCACACAUAUUCAAGGCAUACGGGAUGAGCUUAGCACAAUUUCGAACGCCAUGA